AUGACGGAGCACGGCGGAAGUCGGUGGCGAUUGGUGCUGAUAUCCAGUCCACUUCAAGGCCACAUGACCCCCAUGCUUCAGCUUGGCUCAUACCUUCAUUCCAGAGGGUUCCCCAUAACCAUUGUUCACUCUGAGUUAAAUCGUCCAGAUCCUUCUAAUCACCCCAACUUCGUCUUCUUCCCUCUGCCGAACAACUUAUCCGGCACAGGCGUCUCUUCCGGCGUCAUUCAGUUCUUGCAAGCUCUCAAUGAUAACUGCAGACCCCAUCUCGAGAAACACCUGAUUCAGAUCAUAAAUACACAAAAGGCAACAUCUGAAAAGGAAUCUAUCGUUAUCAUCUAUGAUAACCUCAUGUUUUUUGCCGGAUCCCUCGCCGCCGAUCUGCGUCUACCCUCCAUCAUCUUGCGCAGCAGCUGUGCAGCCUUCCUUCCUGCUUACAAGAUCAUCCCUCAGCUUCAUCAGGAAGGUCGAUUUCCUAUUCAAGAUUCUUUGUUACAGGAAAUAAUUCCAGAACUCCAUCCAUUCAGAUACAAAGAUCUACCUUUUAAUGGCCUCCCAAUCCAACAAAUCCUUCAAAUGGUAACCAUGAUAACCCCCAAAACACCCCCUGUUGCUUUCAUUUGGAACACCAUCGAGUUUCUUGAACAAUGGGCACUGACCCAGAUCCACCAUCAAUACCAAGUUCCUAUUUUUACCAUUGGCUCAUUACACAAAACAUCUCCAACCCUUUCCACUAGCUUUCUUGAAGAAGAUACCAGUUGCAUGUCAUGGCUAGAUAAACAAUCACCCAAAUCGGUAAUAUACGUAAGCUUAGGAAGCUUAGCAACCAUGGAUGCGAAAGUAUCAACUGAAAUGGCAUGGGGUCUAGCUAGCAGUCACCAGCCGUUCCUAUGGGUGGUUCGACCGGGUUCGGUUCAUGGAUGUGAUUGGAUCGAAUUUUUGCCGGAGGAUUUGGUAAGUGAGAUGAAGGUGAGAGGUUUGAUUGUAAAAUGGGCACCCCAGAAGGAUGUAUUGGCACAUUCUGCAGUUGGAGGAUUUUGGAGCCAUUGUGGUUGGAAUUCGACCUUGGAAAGUGUAUGUGAAGGGGUUCCGAUGCUGUGUCAGCCGUUUAAUGUGGAUCAAAUGUUGAAUGCUAGGUAUUUGAGUUAUGUGUGGAAGAUGGGUUUGGAAAUCGCUGUGGAGAGGGGAGAGAUCGAGAGUGCAAUUAGAAGAGUUUUGGUGAGCAAAGAAGGAGAAGAGAUGAGGCGUAGGGCUAUGGAGAUUGAAGACCAGGUUAGAAUUGCAAUUAGCCCUGGCGGUUCUUCACGGAACUCUAUGAAUGAUUUGGUAGACUUCAUUUUGUCAUUGUAAUUAAUGUUUAGAAAGUAUCAACGUAUCAUAGGAAGUUGCUAGAAAUGGUCAAUUUUUUGUGGGGUUGUUAUUAUGGUUAUAUACAAAAUUAGAAAAUUAGAUAAUGUA